AUGAAGCUCUCCAACCCGGGGACAGUCCCCGUCUACACAAUCUCGGGCGCAUCCACCGCGCGCCCUCUUCCAGAUUGGCUGGCUCGCCGUCGGAAGCGCAGCCUGAAGAACGAUGUCGAGUACCAGAACCGCGUGGAGCUGCUCCAAGAUUUCGAGUUUGAAGAGGCCAGUCAGUGCAUUCGGAUCAGCGAAGACGGCGAAUGGGUCAUGAGCACGGGCACAUACAAACCCCAGCUCCAUGUGCACAAUCUUCCUCAGCUCUCUCUGUCAUUCGCAAGACACACGACGUCGCUCAACGAGACCUUCGUCCUGCUCUCCACCGACUACUCAAAAUCCCUACAUCUCCAAAACGACCGAAAACUCGAAUUCCACACCCCCAUGGGCUGCCACUACGAAGCGCGCAUUCCUAGAUACGGUCGAGAUCUGGUGUACGACCGGCAUUCCACCGAAGCCCUCGUUCCCGCUGUUGGCAUCGACGCUGACGGCAAAGGAGAGGUCUUUCGCAUGAACCUGGAACUCGGAAGAUUCAUGAAGUCGUACCAGAUUGAGGUCGGAGGAGAUGACGAGCUGGGUGGCGGCCUGCAGGGAGGCAUCAACGUGGGCAGCGUAAACUGCGCCGCCAUCGCCGAAGAUACACACAACCUGCUCGCAUUCGGUACAUCAAUAGGUACGGUGGAGUUUUGGGAUCCCCGGUCAAGAUCCCGAGUUGCGCUGCUUGCCGGCCAUGACGGCGGCGUCACAGCCCUGGAUUUCCACUUCUCCGGUCUGUCGCUGGCGACCGGCAGCUCGACCGGCAUGAUCCAGCUGUAUGACCUCCGUCGUCCAACGCCCUUGCUCAAGAAGGAUCACGGCUAUGGCUUUGCCGUGAAGAAGUUGAUUCACAUGACAACCUCGUCACAGGAGAAGAAGGUUCUGUCGGCUGAUAAGCGCAUCAUCAAGAUCUGGGAUGAGGCAACGGGCGACCCAUGGACAUCAGUUGAGCCCGUAGUCGACAUCAACGACGUGGCUUGGUGCAAGAACACUGGCAUGCUGCUUACGGCAAACGAAGGCAAGCAGCAGCAUGCCUUCUUCGUGCCCCAGCUGGGUCCGGCUCCCAAAUGGUGCUCUUUCUUGGAUAACAUGGUGGAAGAGAUGGCGGAAGAAGUCCGCACGGAGACCUACGACAACUACAAGUUCCUGACCCUGCCAGAGCUGAAGCAGCUCAGCCUGUCGCACUUGAUCGGAAAGACGAAUCUGUUGCGGCCAUAUAUGCAUGGUUACUUUGUGGCAUCCAAGCUGUACGAGCAGGCCAAGCUCAUCACAAACCCUUACGCAUUCGAGGACGAGAGGCAGAAGCGCGUCAAGGAGAGGGUUGAAAAGGAGCGCGCUAGCCGCAUCAGAGGCACAAAGAAGGUCAAGGUCAACCAGAAACUCGUCGACAAGCUUCUCAAGAAGCAGGAGAACAGAGAUGAGGUUGACACCAACGCCGGCCUCCUGGGAGACAAGCGUUUCACCCAGCUGUUCGAAGACGAAGACUUCUUGGUGGAUGAGAACAGCGGUGAAUUCAAGGCUCUCAACCCGAGCACAGCAGUUCAACAGGCUAUGGAGGCCAAGCAUGGAACGACUAAAUUCCAAGGCAAGGAUUCUGAUGAAGAGUCUAGCGACGCGGAUGAGCCUAUCUCUGGGCCCAAGGAUGACGUGGUGAUGAAGGUUUCAUCGACGCAGAACGAGGGUCGACAAGUCAAGGAUUCCGCACUGGGCUCCAGACAACAGAAGUCUGCACGCGCCAGCAAAGCCCAGUUUGGCGAAGUUCGCGGAGAGAGAUCAGUCACUUUUGUGCCAGAGUCCAGGAAGAAGAAGCAGCACCAGCAGGGCGAGGAAGAAGACGCCCUCCCUCCACAGAGGCGCUCCAACAAGGGCAGGAGAAGUGCCAGCUCAAACACAUUUAGAAGGAUGUGA